UCCCUAGUUGCUCCUCCUACGACCCAUCUGAUGUUCACCGAACACCUGCUAGGAGAUGGACCCUGCGGCCUCAGUCAGUCCCUUGCCGGUGGAGGAGACAGACCUGUGAACAGACGUCACAUCCAGUUCCUUCUCAAAACUCCCUGUGGUCAAGUGUGGGCCUCAGCCUCUUUUCCCUGCAGCCUCGUCCUUGCCUGGCUCCAGCUGCCAUGCCCGUGCUCAGCUUUGCGCAGUUCGCCUCCUCCACCCACGUCCCGGGCCCCGGCACCACUUGGCUCCUUGGCCCCCCAACUUCAUUCUCCGAGCCUGGCCCUGUGCUUGUCUCUCCGACUUCCCAGCUGCCUGGUCCUUGAACUUUUCAAAGCCUCCCACCCCCAUUACUUCUCAUCCACCGAUUCUCUCUCUUAUUGAGCCCUUAGUAAGUGCCAUGUUCUCCUCUAAGCAACUGAUACGAAUAAUCUCACUUAAUUCUCACAAUAAUGCUAUGAGUUCCACUUGACAGAUGAGAAAACAGCCACAGGAAGGGUAAGUAAUUUACCUGGGGUCCCACUACCAGUAAGUGACAGAGCUAGGAUUUGAACUUGGGCAGUUUGGCUCCAGAGCCCGUGUAGUUAAGCACACACUGUAAGACAGUGGGCACCAGGUUUUCAGAAUGAACAAUAGUCACUAAUUUCCCCCUCCGACAGUACUUAUUGCCUCCAUAUUUCUUCCUUCCUGUCAUGUUCCUAUAUGAGAAAAUAGAACAUCAAUCUGGGAGGCAGGCAGACCUGGAUUUAAAUCCAGACCAUCUAGUUGCUAACUAUGUGACCUCGGGCAAAAUACUUUGUACUUCUAAGCCUCUAUAUCUGUAAAAUUAGGGGGCUGGAGGGAGGUUAACACCUAUGUCAUGAGGUUGCUGCUGUGAGAAUGAAUUGUAACGUUAUGAUACAUCCAGUACCUAAUGGGUGCUCAACAGAUGAGCUUCCUUGCUUCCUUCGUCCAGAUCCCUGUAUCAUCAACUCCCUUGGCCCAAUUUCACCCUUAUCUGCUCCACCUUCUCCUAGGUCAGUCACCCCCACCAGCCCCAAGUCUCCCCCACCCUGGGGCGUGUCACUUCCUCCUCUGCAGCCUCCCAGAUCAGUACACAAAGGCUGCUGCUACCACCGGAGGGAGGAAGGGCUGCUCCGCACGCACCUACCAUGGUGGCUUUGUCAAUGGUCCUUGUUUUCCUGCUGGCCCUGAGCAGAGGUGAAAGUGAACUGGACGUCAAGAUCUCAUCCCCACAGGAGACCACCGAAUGGGGGGAUCCUGGGCUGUCCCUACCAGGGUCCUGCCAGCCAGCUCCCUCCUGUCAAAAGUGCAUCCUCUCACACCCGAGCUGUGCAUGGUGCAAGCAACUGAACUUCACGGCGUCCGGGGAGGCGGAGGUGCGGCGCUGUGCCCUUCGAGAGGAGCUGCUGGCCCGGGGCUGCCCCCCGGAAGAGCUGGAGGAGCCCCGCGGCCGGCAGGAGGUGCUGCAGGACGAGCCGCUCAGCCAGGGCACCCGCGGCGAGGGGGCCACCCAGCUGGCACCACAGCGGGUCCGGGUCACGCUGCGGCCAGGAGAGCCCCAGCAGCUCCGGGUCCGCUUCCUUCGAGCCGAGGGAUACCCUGUGGACCUGUACUACCUUAUGGACCUGAGCUACUCCAUGAAGGACGACCUGGAGCGCGUGCGCCAGCUUGGGCACGCGCUGCUGGUGAGGUUGCAGGAAGUCACCCACUCCGUGCGCAUUGGCUUUGGUUCCUUCGUGGACAAAAUGGUGCUGCCCUUCGUGAGCACAGUGCCCUCCAAGCUUCGCCACCCCUGCCCCACCCGACUGGAGCGCUGCCAGCCGCCCUUUAGCUUUCACCAUGUGCUAUCCCUCACCCGGGAUGCUAAGGCCUUCGAACGGGAGGUGGGACGCCAGAGCGUGUCCGGCAACCUGGACUCGCCUGAAGGUGGCUUUGAUGCCAUUCUGCAGGCUGCCCUCUGCCAGGAGCAGAUUGGCUGGAGAAAUGUGUCCCGGCUACUGGUGUUCACUUCAGAUGACACAUUCCACACAGCUGGGGAUGGCAAGUUAGGUGGCAUUUUCAUGCCCAGCGACGGGCACUGCCACUUGGACAGCAAUGGCCUCUACAGUCGCAGCCCAGAGUUUGACUACCCCUCCGUGGGUCAGGUAGCCCAGGCCCUCUCUGCGGCAAACAUCCAGCCCAUCUUUGCUGUCACCAGUGCCACACUGCCUGUCUACCAGGAGCUGAGUAAGCUGAUUCCCAAGUCCGCAGUGGGGGAGCUGAGUGAGGACUCCAGCAAUGUGGUACAGCUCAUCAUGGAUGCUUAUAAUAGCCUAUCAUCCACUGUGACCCUUGAACAUGAACGCUCUCUACUCCCUCCUGGGGUCCACAUCUCUUACGAUUCUCAGUGUGGGGGUCCUGAGAAGAGACAGGAUGAGGCUGGUGACAGGGGCCAAUGCAACCACGUCCGAAUCAACCAGACAGUGAAUUUUUUGGUUACUCUCCAAGCUACCCACUGCCUCCCAGAGCCCCAUCUGCUGACGUUCCGAGCCCGCGGCUUCUCAGAGGAGCUGACUGUGGAGUUGCAUACACUGUGUGACUGUAACUGCAGUGACACCCAGCUCCAGGCUCCUCACUGCAGUGACGGCAAGGGGCACCUACAAUGCGGGGUGUGCAGCUGUGUCCCUGGCCACCUGGGUCGACUCUGUGAGUGCUCUGAGGCUGAGCUGUCCUCCUUGGAUCUGGAAUCUGGGUGCCGAGCCCCCAAUGGCACAGGGCCCCUGUGCAGUGGGAGGGGACGGUGCCAGUGUGGACGCUGCACCUGCAGUGGACAGAGCUCUGGACGUCUGUGCGAAUGUGAUGAUGCCAGCUGUGAGCGACAUGAGGGAAUCCUCUGUGGAGGCUUUGGCCGCUGCCAAUGUGGAGUGUGUCACUGUCACGCCAAUCGCACGGGCAGAGCAUGCGAAUGCAGCGCGGACACAGACAACUGUGUCAGUCCCGAGGGAGGGCUGUGCAACGGGCAUGGAUACUGCAACUGCAACCGCUGCCAGUGCUUGGAUGGCUAUUACGGUGCCCUAUGUGAUCAGUGCUCAGGCUGCAAGACGCCAUGCGAGAGACACAGGGACUGCGCGGAGUGUGGCGCCUUUGGGACUGGUCCUCUGGCCGUGAAUUGCAGCCUGGCGUGUGCCCAUGCCAACGUGACUCUGGCUUUGGCCCCUAUCCUGGAUGAUGGCUGGUGCAAAGAGAGGACCCACGACAACCAGCUCUUCUUCUUCCUGGCAGAGGAUGAAGCCGGAGGCAGGGUCAUGCUGAGAGUGAGACCCCCAGAAAAGGGGUCAGACCACACCCAAAUCAUCGUGCUGGGCUGUGUGGGGGGCAUCGUGGUCGUGGGACUGGGACUGGUCCUGGCUUAUCGGCUCUCAGUGGAAAUCUACGACCGCCGAGAAUACAGCCGUUUUGAAAAGGAGCAGCAGCAGCUCCACUGGAAGCAGGACAACAAUCCUCUCUACAAGAGCGCCAUCACGACUACUGUCAACCCCCGCUUUCAAGAGGCAGAAGGCGCCCCUCUCUGAAGUGGGGAGGGACACUCACUGCAGGGCUCUUCUCUGGCGUGGAGGGAAUUGGGGCAUGGGGUCUCGCAGUCAGCAGCUUGGUAGGGGGCUAAUCCACUGCUGAGUGGUCACCCAUACUUCAUUCUUAGAGUGACACCCGAGAGGGGACUACCUUCUGUGGCAACCUUGCUUCCCUACCUCAGAAGUGGGGGCUACCCCCCACGUAUACAAUAAAGAGUCUUACCUCAGA